AUGGGCAAGCGCAGAAGAAAAAACCGCACCCACCUCAAGGGUCCCCAGCCGGGAGAGGAGGCUGACAAGGUCCCCAAGUCGUUCGUCAUCAAGUCCGGCAAUGUAACGAAAUCAGUAGGAGCGCUAGUGCGAGACGUGCGAAAGGUCAUGGAGCCGAACACGGCAACGAGACUGAAGGAGCGUCCCGGUGCCAGGCUCCGUGACUACCUUACGAUUGCCCCGACGCUUGGUGUGACGCACCUGAUGGCGUUCACUCUCACCGACGCCGCCAACGUCCACCUCCGUGUCGCCCGUCUUCCCCAGGGACCGACACUGACGUUCCGUGUGCUGCGCUACAGUCUGAUGAAGGACAUUGUCAACGCUGCUCACGUCAUGCGCAACCUCGGCGGCAAGUCGCCCGGUGGCGAGUACCGCAACCCGCCCCUGCUCGUCCUGAACGGCUUCCAGCAGCCUGCCGACGGCCAGCCCAUGCCCCAGCUCAAGCUGAUGAGCACGAUGUUCCAGGGCCUGUUCCCGCCGAUCCAGGUCGAGAAGAGCGCGCUUCCGACGUUCCGACGAGUGCUGCUCAUCUCGUACAACCACAGCACGGGUCCUGAUCUCCAUGCGCCACUUCACGAUCACGCGAGCACGGACGGGUACGACUCGAUGUCGGAGAGCGAGGCGUCCGAGGCUGAGAGCGACACGAACGCAGUCGAGCUGCCCGAGGACUACGUCGGGCGGGGGAACAAGAAGGGCGAGCGGAAGGCUGUGCGUCUCGUCGAGACGGGGCCGCGACUGGAGCUCAAGCUCGUCAAGAUUGUCGAGGGUCUCGUGGGCUCGAAGCGCGGCGAGGGCCAGACCGUCUACCACGCCAUCGAGACGAGGACGAAGGAGCAGGAGUCCAAGCUGCAGCGCGCGCACGACGAGCGCAAGAAGCUCAAGGAGAAGCGCAAGGCCGAGCAGGCCGCGAAUGUCGCGCGCAAGAAGGCCGAGAAGGCCGCCAGGAAGGGCGGCAAGGCCGAGGAGGACGAGGAGGACGACGAGAGCGAGCCCGACGUCGACGGCCUCAGCGACUAUGGAUCCGACGAGGACCCCGAGGCGGCCCUCCAGAGGCGGCGGGCACGCUUCGCCGAGGAGAAGGAUGAGGAGGACGACGACGAGUUCGACUACGAGGACCGCGCCGCCGACGAGGACGAGGAUCUCGAUAACUGGGACGAGGACGUUGCCGCCGGCGACGUGUCGGAUGAGGAGGAGAGCGACGAUGAGAGCGAGGACGAGGCGCCGCCGCCCAAGAAGCGCGCCGGCAAGCGUUAA